ACAAACGUCAAUAUAUUUGAGAAAUUAAUUAUUUUGUGGGAUCUAUUUGAUUAUGAUUGUGAUUGUAUAAGUUUGGUCCUUAUAAUUGGAUAAGAGUCCUUGUUAUUGUUGUAUAAGAUUAUUGUUUAUGAUUAUAUGAAAUUUGGUGAAGAAGUGUUAAAAUCAUGGUCGUUUAAUACAUGUAAUGAAACUCACUUUAAACUACAAAUUUAAUGGUUGAUUUGACACUAGUUGCCACUUUAAACCAUGUGCAUUCGCGUGUUGAGAUAUCUUUUGUCAACUACCACACGGGGAAAGGUUUACUUGCUUGGGUGUAAUACAAAGAACUCUGUUCCUUAUUUGGUUUAAACAUGCAAAUUGCUCAGGUGAACCCCACAUUUGUAGAAUGUCAUUUGAAGAAUGGUUAUAGGAUUUAAGAGCUGCAAUGCUGUUGGUCUGUUAGGAUCGGGUGGUUAAUCCCAACAAAUAUGUUUGGAGUGGUAUAAAAUGAAAUGUUUGGAGUGAUGCGUCACUUAGUAGCUUACUCACCGGCUCGAGGACACGGGGGUAUUGAGGCCCUUGUUUUGCUCUCCAGUUUGGGGAAGGCCGACGGAUAGGCGCUCAAAUUUGUGUAUUGCCGGCCUGAUGCCGAUGAAUUUUGAAGACGCCCGUUUGGCAAUGGGUUUGCCGAGUUCGGGGGGCUACUAAGUCACUUACCUCAAAAGCCAGAUUUAUUCUGGCUUUUUUGGGUUGGAACGGGGACACGCUUUUUCACCUGAAUGUUCCAUCGAUGAGCUACCGGGAGCGCCGCGCCGACGACCAGAAUCCUGUGGACUGGACGUCACCCACUGGAGGCCGUCGACACCCGUAACCCGAUGUCUCUGUUCGUGUCCGUGCCGGUAUUCUUAUGUUGGUGGUGGGGAUUUAUAUUGUAAUUAAAUGUCAAUUGUAAAUAUUGUAAUUUAUUUUGAUUAAGUUAGUUGGUUGUAUUAAAUUUCUUUAUUUCCAUACAAUUGGUCAAGUGUCUCGCAUUACUUUUGUUGGUGAAGUUCAUUUUCCAUGGUUUCUUUUACACUGUAUCACCCUCACAAUUGUCCCGAUUAUGGUGGACCUUGUGACAUUGGGGGCUUGUCCGGGAAACGUCCUUCCCGUUAAAAAGGGACACCGAUACAGUUAUUAGGAAUCUGCGGGAAGUGUUCAAGCUCUGACAAAGGUGGCUUGACUUAACCAGUCUUUCAUUUUGCAUAGGUUGAUUGGAUAUUGUGAUUUUGUUAAGGAUCUCUCUAUAGUGUAGGACUUUGUAAACCAUGGAACAAUUUGAAGACUUUUUAAUAGCAGGUCGUAAGAUAGGUUUAGAAGGAAAGGACUUGGUUGUAUUUGCAGAAAAACGAGAGGCAACUUAUAAAGAACAAGUUCAACGUGAUGAAAGGCAGCAAGAGAGGGAACAUCUAAAACAAAUGAAGGAGUAUGAACUCCAAAUUGCAGAACAACAAAGUAACUUAGCUGGUACUGCCGUGACUAUAAGCACAGGUCAGAUUAGGAAUGUAAAUAAACCUAAACUUCCUCCUUUUCAAGAUCGAAAGGAUGAUUUAGAUGCAUACAUAAAGCGCUUUGAAAGAUUUGCUCAGGCUGUUGAUUGGCCAGAACAACAAUGGGCCACAAUUCUCAGUACACAAUUGACUGGUAGGGCUCUAGAAUUGUAUUCACGAUUACCUCCAGAUAAGGCUAGUGAUUAUCAAGAGUUGAAGAAAGCACUUCUUCAUAGGUAUGAUUAUACUGAGGAAGGGUUUCGCCUUAAGUUUAGGACAGCUAAAAGAGAGGAAGGAGAGACAUACAGUCAGUUUGCUCAACGUAUGGCUGGGUAUUUGGAUAGAUGGACAGAGUUAGUUGAGGUUAAAGAUUACGAGACCUUGAAGGAUUUGUUAGUAAGAGAGCAAAUGUUGUUAGCUUGUCCAAAAGACUUAGUCGUCUUCUUAAGAGAAAGGAAGCCCACGAGUGUAAAAGAUAUGACUGGAUAUGCAGAUCAGUAUGCCCUAGCUCAUGAUAGUAAUAGGAAUGUAGAAAGACAGAAAACGCCAUUUAGGAGACCUCAGGUAGAAACAAAAGGUAGCAAUCCUCAUUCGCCUGUAGACCCCAAGACUACUGUAGACAAUGCAGUUAGAUGUUUUGUUUGUGGAGGAAAAGGACACAUUGCAAGGUUCUGUAGGAAUAGGUAUAAGACGCAAGGUGCGUUUAACAAAGACAAAGCUGCUGGAGUAGAGGUUAGUGAGGCAAAUGCUAAUGCCAAUGGUAGGCCUACUGUAAGUCAACCGUUAGGUGCAUGUGUCCAAGUUAGCCCUUGUCAACAUGUUACAUCAUCUGGUGGAAAACAUGUCAAAUUAGCUUGUGGAGGUGAACUUCCUAUUGUAAGUGCUGCAUGUUCAUUAGGAGGAAAAAUGCCAGUAGUUCAGGGAAUGGUAGGAGAUCAGAGAGUUGAAGUAUUGCGAGAUACUGGUUGUAGUACUACUGUGGUACAACGCAGUUUAGUUAAGGAAAGUCAGUUUUUGCCAGAAGAGAGACACUGUGUUUUGAUAGAUGGGACUGUUAGAAAAUUUCCAGCAGCAGAGAUACAAAUAGAUACACCCUACUACCAAGGCACCAUUGUAGCUUUGUGCAUAGAUAAACCCUUGUACGGUUUAGUGUUAGGCAAUAUCUCAGGUGUCAGGAAACCUGAAGAUCCAGAUCCAAAUUGGCAGUUCCCAUUAGAUAAAGAUAACGCCAUAAGGCAUGCAAAAGACAAAGAAACAGAAAUUGGUGCGGUAGAGACGAGAAGUCAAAAGGAAAAGAAAAAUAAACCUUUCUCCUCACUUAAAGUACAUGAUAUUCAAAACAUUGCAAGUAGUAAGGAGUUUGCCAAGGCUCAGAAAGAUGAUGUCUCACUUGAAAAAAUUUGGAAAUUUGCUGAAGAAGGUUCAGUCCGAAAGACAGGAAUUGCAAAUGAGAUCAAAUUUGUAAAGAAGAAGGACAUGUUGGUCAGAGAAUUCACAUCACCCAAUGUUGAGAAGGGAAGACUCUUUAAGCAACUAGUAGUACCUAGUAAGUAUAGGGAACAAGUGAUGAAAGUAGCUCAUGAUUCAGUGAUGUCUGGACACUUAGGUGCAAAGAAAACAAGUGAUAGAGUGUUAGCUAAUUUUUAUUGGCCAGGUUUGCUUGAUGACAUCAAACGAUAUUGUGCAUCUUGUGACAUUUGUCAACGAACUAUCGCAAAAGGAAAAGUAGCUAGAGUUCCGCUUGAUGACAUGCCGUUGAUAGAUACGCCAUUUCGUAGAAUAGCAGUUGAUAUUGUAGGACCGAUUCAACCUGUAACAGACAAAGGUAGUCGAUAUAUCUUAACAGUUGUAGACUAUGCUACACGGUACCCAGAGGCAGUUGCACUUCCAAAAAUUGAAGCAGAACGUGUAGCCGAGGCGUUACUUACAAUUUUCUCUCGAGUUGGGGUACCACAAGAAAUUCUGACUGACUUAGGUACACAAUUUACAGCUGAAGUAAUGAAAGAAGUUAGUAGAUUAAUUUCCAUGAAACAGCUUCACACAACUCCGUAUCACCCAAUAUGCAAUGGUCUUUGUGAGAGAUUUAAUGGUACAUUGAAACGCAUGUUACGCCGCAUGUGUGUAGAGCGUCCAAAGGACUGGGAUAGGUAUCUUCCCGCACUUUUGUUCUCGUAUAGAGAAGCGCCACAAGAAAGCCUAGGGUUUUCCCCUUUCGAAUUACUAUAUGGACGUACAGUUAGGGGUCCCCUCGCCAUACUAAGAGAACUUUGGUCAAAGGAAAAUGAUGAAGAGGAAGUUAAGACCACAUAUGAGUAUGUUGUAGAGUUAAGAAAUAGGCUAGAAAGAACUUGUCAGUUAGCCCAGGAUGAACUUGCUAAGUCAGCCAAGAGAUACAAGAAGUAUUACGAUGUGCGAACUAGGGACAGAAAGUUCACUAAAGGUGAUAAAGUGCUAGUGCUUUUGCCUACUGAUUCAAACAAAUUGUUAGUGCAAUGGCAAGGCCCGUUUGAAGUGACUAAAAAGGUUGGCAAGAAUGAUUAUGUGAUAGACAAACAGGGAAAGGACAAGAUUUAUCAUGCGAAUUUGUUGAAGAAAUAUGUAGAGAGACAGAAUGAUGAAAUAACACAUGCAAGUGCUUGCCUAGAAAAUGUAGGUGCAGGUAUACUAAAUGAUCAUGACUGUGAAGUAUUAGAUGAAGUUGAAUUCCCCCCUGUGAAACCAAAAGAAACUGUGCAGAAUGUUCAUAUCAGUGACAAAUGUGAUAAGAAUGAAGUAGGUCAGGUUAAAGAACUGUUGGAUGAAUUCCAUGAUGUAUUAACUGAUGUGCCAGGGAAAACGAAUCUUGUAGAGUACACUAUGAAACUUACUACAUCAGACCCAGUGCAAUCCAAACCAUACGCUGUACCUCAUGCUAGAAGAGAUUCAUUGAAACAUGAAAUUGAUGAAAUGUUGCAAAUGAGAGUGAUUGAAAAAUCCACUUCACCAUAUGCAUCUCCUAUUGUUCUUGUACCAAAAAGUGAUGGAUCAUUGAGAUUCUGCAUAGAUUACAGAAAAUUAAAUUCUGUCACAAUAUUCGACCCAGAGCCAAUCCCGAACAUUGAGGAUUUAUUUUCGAAGAUAUCGAAGGGUACAUGGUUCACAAAACUCGAUCUAUCAAAGGGGUAUUGGCAAAUCCCAAUAAAAGAGAGUGAUAGAGAUAAGACAGCAUUUAUUACAUCUGAAGGAGGUCUUUUCCAAUUCACUGUAUUGCCGUUUGGCAUGGUCAAUGCUCCUGCGGUUUUCACCCGUAUGAUGCGUUUGUUGUUGGAGGGUUUUGACAAUGUGAUCAAUUACAUAGAUGACUACAAGAUUGGCAACAUCACCAAUCUUACAUUUGCCAAAUCCCGAGUUGACCUAUAUUCUGAGGACUGA